AUGGCGGCAUUCGAGAUCGAGCUGAGAAACCGGAACGCAGAGGGCCGACCUGGAGGAGCAGGGAAUGGCCAUGCUGGCAAUGGUAGGCCACAACGUCAGAACGCGGCUACAGUCGAAGGAAAUGCACAGAACGUGCAGAACCCUAACCUCGGCAACAACCAGAAUGGUGGAGGUCCGAACGACAACCAAGACGAGAAUUAUCUAAAUGAUGAGGAGGCUAAUGAUAGCCCAUUCACUAAAAGGCUCAUGAACUUGGCUAUACCGCCGAGAUUCAAGAGCACCAGGAUACCUCCAUACGACGGAAGUCAGGACCUAGAAGCCCAUUUAGAGGCUUUCAAGACCGAGAUGUUGUUCAACGGGAUCACUCCUAUUAAGGCCAGAAUCUUCACGACGACAUUGACUGGUCAGGCGAUGACUUGGAUAACCAGGCUUCCUAGGAACUCAAUCGACUCGUUUGAGGACCUAGCCCGGACUUUUCGAUUGAACUUUGCAACAAGUAAGGCGCAUCCAAUGCCGACCUAUGCUCUGGGAAGAAUCCGGCAGAAGGAGAAUGAAUCGCUGAGGAAAUACCUCGACAGGUUCAAGGAUGCCGCCCUCAAGGUUCGGGGCUUAACUGAAGCAGUGCACCUCCACUUAAUCAUCUCGGGAUUAGAUGGCGACUCUUCACUUGCGAUGUCCAUCUAUAAGAACCCGGUGAACGAUCUGGAAGAGUUCCGACAAAGGUCGGAUAAAUACAUUGACGUGGAAGACAUGCAAAAGGUCUACGUCGAAUCUCGAGGGCGAAGUCCGACAUGUCGGAGCCCGAGUAAGAAAAACAACAAAGACCGAGACCAGAGGGGAUCCAAAAAAGCGAAGGAUACUCGCGAUAGAAGGUCGAAAGAUCGAUCUCCAAGGAGGAAAUAUGACAAUUAUACACCUUUGAACAUGUCCAGAUCCAGGAUAUGGAAAGAGGUGGCUCAGACCGAGAUGCGCAAUGUCGAGAGACCUCGACCCCUCAAAGCCAAGAGUGGGCUGGACAGAAACAAAUAUUGCGCCUUCUAUGAUCAAAACGGUAACAUCACGGAUGACUGCUGGGACCUCCGAGAUGCAAUUGAAAAACACGUCAGAGAGGGGAAGUUGAAGCAAUAUAUCAUCCGAACCCAGGGCAAGAAGAAUAAUAAGCGAAGGCAAAGAAGCCGGAGCCGAAGUUGA